UUCACGUGCUUUCAACUACCGUACCAUUAAUACAAGCCCAAGUAUGCACGUGCUUUCAACGAACUUUCCUCUUCUCCGCCGCUGUUCUCCGCCGGAAGCCGUCACUUCAACUUCUCGAUUUCCUCUCCGAUCAUCUUCUUCGAUCAGAAUGUCGUCUUCCGACUCCAAUUCCAGCCCCAACCAAAUCAUCGAGCACUUCGUGCUCUUCAAAUUCACGGCAGACGCGGAUCCGUCUGCCGUCGACACCAUGUUCGCCAAGCUCAACGCCCUGAAAUCCCUAGACUCAGUCCUCUACCUCUCCGCCGGACCGGUUUCACGAUGCCGCUCCAGCUCCCUCACCUUCACUCACAUGCUCCACGCUCGAUACAGAUCCAAAUCCGAUUUGACUGCGUACGUCGAUCACCCUGACCACGUUAGCGUCAAAACGACCUACCCAAAGUUGCCUGCUGAUGUCAUGGCCAUCGAUUGGGUUGCCGAUAACUUCCCCGGCCCGGUGACUGUUCCCCCUGGCUCGGCGUUGAGAUUGACGGUUUUGAAGCUGAAGGAAGGUACAGGGGAGAACGAGAAAGGGGAUGUAUUGGGGGUUUUGCGAGGAAUUAAGGAUAAGUUUCCUUCGAUUGAGCAACUGACAGUUGGGGAGAAUUUUUCGCCUGAGAGGUGUAAGGGUUUCUCGAUCGGGUCAAUUGCAGUUUUCAAUGGUACAAAGGAACUGGAGGAGUUAGAAUUGCAGUCAGAGCUCGCCAACGAGCAGAAGGAUAAGGUUAGGGAAUAUCUGGACAGUGUAGUGGUGCUGGAUUACUCUGUAGAUUCAUCAGUUCAAACUUCUGGAAGUUAGGCGUGCUGCAAUCAAAGCAGAUGCAGAUUAUGGUUCAGAUGGAUAUAUGUUUCUUUCUUUCUUUUCCAGACGACAGUGCCGAAGAAGUUGCGGCAAAAUUGGUAACACUAAGGGGUGAAUAAAUGGUGUUUUGUAUUUUGAAGUGCAUUGAUGAUUUGUAUUCAGCAGUAAUCUGAGAAUACUCAGCAUAGUAUGCUGUGGCUGUUGAUGCUUGUUGAAGUGUUAAUUUAUGAAUGUUAGUGUAGUUUUUGGUAAGUUGGUAGUUUUUGGUAAGUUGGUUUUUUUGCUCUUGUUAGCGUAUGGCCGGCAAUUACAGGACUGAAUUUAAAAUUUAAUUUUUGUUAUUAAUA